AUGGCGCAUCACGGAGGCUUUGGCGCGUCCUAUCAACCUCCUGAUGCGACCGAACCCAGGCUCAACCACCGGUUUUCCAACGUGACCGAGGUUAGCGAUAUCGACUGCUACACAUACGAUGGACCCUCGGCUACGAUUCGCGGGAGGGAUUCCCUGGUUUCGCUCCAGUCCUACUCAAACCAUACUUCGCCGUCACUGCACGAGCCACAGGAAUCGGACGAACUCAACGGCCGACCGUCGGCAACCUCGUCAUGGUCUGCGCCCUUCUCGUAUACCGGCGCAACUGGCUAUGAGUCGUUGCCGCCUUCAUCAGGCGCGCCCUCGAGAAUAUCCUCACAUGCGUCCCGGAAAGUGGCACGCGCCACCUCGCGACGGGGCCAGGAGACCAUUCCCGAAGAGGAGCACGACCUCUCUCUUUUGCGCUCCGCCGCGCCCUACGGUCGCUCGCCGUCGCAAUACGCGUCGGUGCAGGACAACGAGCCCGUUUUCGACGUCACUGCCGCCCUGGGGCCGAUGGGCUACCAAGAUGAGGCCUUUGUCAAAAGAUUGCAGGAACAGGAGGCGAGCGGGCAUCUCACCGGCGGUCUCGGGACUGGCUUCAGACCGGAUACCACGAUUAAGGGCGAGGAUCUCCUGGCAUCGCCCCCAUCGCCAAAGAGAUCCCUUACGCGGUCUUUCACUCGCAGGCAGGGACUGGGUCGUCGGGAGACGAUAAAGAACCGCGGUCAGGAUGAGGCUAACAAGAGGGGAGAGGUCAUAGAGGUCAUCAUAGAAGAGCCGGCCGAUGAACUCCCGCGGCAGCUUGACCAGGUCGACCUCAGCGUCGUCGCAGGCCCCAGCAUUGCCGGCGACGAUGGCGUCAAUAUGCGGCAGGCCACGUUCCCCGUCAACAAGAGCCAAAAGACUCAAAUCUUUUACCCACAGCCCAACUGGAAGCCUUUCUCCAUGAGAUGGCCCUACCUCACAGCGCUCAUCAGCCUGUCCAUCGCUCUGGCCAUCAUGGUAGAGUUCCUCUACCAGAGAUCGCGCACUCACCCGCUGAUCAGUUUCCGGUUUCCGGCCGAGGUUCCGGGGCUCGAGUAUUUUGCCGUCAAGUUCCUGCCGACGAUUCUCUCCGUUACGUACGGUGUUCUGUGGCAAGUCACCGACUUCGAAGUCAAGCGUCUUGAGGCCUACUACCAGCUGUCGAAAGAGGGUGGUGCACUCGCAGCUGAGUCCAUCAAUGUCGACUACGUGACCAGCCUCAGCUGGCUGCGGCCUAUCCGAGCCAUCAAGCUGCGGCAUUUUGCCGUCGCCGUUUCAUCCGUCGCGACCUCGCUGGCCGUCUCUCUAGUGCCCACGUUCGGCGCCGCCUCUUUUGUUCUGUAUCCUGACCGGGCCACGCGACUUGCGCACCCAGACGGCGAGAAGGAGAUCCGCCUUCAGGCUGUGUGGUCGAGGCUGCUCUCGUCAACCCUGUGCGUUUGCGCCUUAUGCGGCUGCAUCCUCUUCUACAUCCUCCAGAAGAGAAGAUCUGGCCUGCUGGCCGACGUUAAGGGCAUCGCGGGCCUCGCGUCGAUGGCCGUCGUCAGCCAUAUCCUCGUCGACUUUGCGGACCUAGACGUCGUGAGCCACCGCGACAUUCACGCUAAGCUCAAGCACCACCGCUAUGUUCUCCGAAACGCAUCGCUGGCCCCCGACGACGAGAACCCCGUCUCGUCGCAGGAUACUGACAAGUACCGUGACGACCACCUGUCCCAGAACCCCCACCCGCGUUCGCUGCGUCUCGACGGGUUCCUGCCGUUCGUCAUUGGCAUCGCCCUCUUUCUGGGCUUCAUCCCGGUCUUCCUCUUCUCCAACGCCAGCAUCAUCACGGCCAAGGCACCAUGGGUCGUGACCGCCUUAGCCGUCUGUAUUAAGCUUGGUUGGGGGGGUCUUGAGACUGACAUGCGGAUGAUGGAGCCCUAUUACAUCUUGUCAAAGAGACAUUCGCCGGCCAAGACACUCACCCUAGACUACACGGCCAUGCCGUUCGCCCUAAUGCCGUUCCACGCCUUUCUCAACGGCCACCUCCUUAUGUUCUUGGUCGGGUUCGGCAGCAUGAUGGCCGAGGUGCUGACGGUGCUGCUAACGAGCUUGGCGACUGUCGUGGGCACAGAGUUCCUCGAAGCCGCCUACUCGCCGCCGGACCGGCCUGACGACCCCAAGCUGGGCGGCAUCAACGCGGGCCAGGAGACGGUGGCGUCGUUCUGGGUUUCGUACGGCAUGGCCACCUUCAUCCUACUGUACAUGGGUACGGUGGCGACGAUCGUGUUCCUCCGCCGGCGGCAUCCGUUCCUGCCGCGGCAACCCAGCACUAUCUCGUCGCACUUGGCCUUCAUCCACCAGAGCAAGAUGAUUUACGACUUUGUCGGCACGUCCAAGCUCAGCAACGCCGGCAUGGUACGGCACCUAGAGGGGCUUGGCAAGACGUACGGGCUGGGCUGGCUCGAGGGUCGCGACGGGCAAACGCACUGCGGCGUGGACCAGGAGAACCUUCUCGGCUACUACAAGCACGGCAUGGACUUCCAGGGCACCAACAAGCCGUGGAACCAGCAGUGGGAUUCGUAUGAUUGA